UGCCAGCCGAUCUUAGCCCCGCCCACAAGAAUGUGAAGACGGGAAGAUCGGUCUGGCGUUUCUCCAUUGAGGAGCUACUAUGCUCAGACAAAUGCUGUUCGAACCAAUCAAAUUGUCAGGGCGGGCUUUAUACGAUGAUGGACAGAUAAUCAACAGUAACGUAAUGAACCACGUCACCAAAGAGCGCGUGUGUUGAAUGGCUGCCGCUGUAGAGUUCAGAUGUGUGGAUUCUGACAUUGAGUCUGUUCUAAAAGAUAUCGACAGAGCAUUGAUUUUAAAAGAGGAACAGAGAAACGCGAGCAGGGCAUUUGUUGAUGUUUUUGCCGUCCUUCCUAUUCGGCAAAAGUUGGUCGCAACUGAAAUGGCUAACGUUAUCACGGCGAUGCAACUCUGCGUGCACGACGAGAUGGAUAUAAUUAGCGGUCGUUGCCAGGUUCUUUUCGGAAGCCCGGAAUCGUGGUUGCUGAAUAAUUGGAGGGACAUGCUAGGCUCCAAUAUUUUCAAGCCAACGUAAUGGGUAUUGUCGUGGAUGAAGUUCACCUAACGUACAAAUGGUAAGAGAUAGUCUUACUCUGACUUAGUAAAUACUUCAUGUUGUGAUAAACGAAAUGUUGUAAACAUAAUAGGUGUUGAUGUUCAUUCGCUAACUCAGUAUAAUCACAAUGUUAGUGUCAUUGUAGCGAAGUAACUAGCAGUUCGGUCAGGCUGUAAAAGACGUAACGUACGUCACACACUCCGUUGAUUGGUCGUAGGUCUAUCCAAUUGAGUGCAGAGGCAUUUUUCGGUUGAGACACGCCUCAUAAUUAUAGCUCAAUGGAGGAGAAGGAGGUCUCUGCAGAACAAAAAGGGGCGGUUCCCAAUUGGGGCAUUUUUAAACUGAAAUAGGUGUUUUUCCACCUCUUUGUCUGAUUGGCUCAAAUUGAGUGGGCGAUUCCCAAUUACCCAUCAUCAACACUAAGAUUUGAUGCAGCGAUUAAACACUAGCUCCGUCGUUUCUGCUACCGAGAGAGAUCGCCUGCAGAUGCAUGUAAGUGAAUUGUUGCUAAUUUGUGUUACGUUUUUGAUUAAUGUAUGCCAUUUUGUUGCUUGCUACUAAGUUCAUUUUAACUUACAGUCACAAUAUUACAUGAAGCAUUAUUGGCCUACAUUUGGUAUAGGCUUAUUUCACAAUAUGACGGCUUUGACCGGAAGUAGGGAAAACAUACUUUAAUCGCAAGCAAGUAUAGCAAUGAAUGCAAGCAAUCGAGAAAUAGCACACACACACCACGAUUAGAAUUUGAAAAUAAAUAAAAAAUAAUUAUUCCAUCUAAAAAAAGUUUUAAAAUGUGUAAGUAUUACUCCACAUGUGCACAUUUUAUACUCUGAUCCAGUUAAACUUUGUUUUGCCUACUUCCGGUCCAAGCCGCCAUAUUUUGAAAUAGGCCUAUUCUCUUUAAUAUAGGCAUAUCUGUGUUACUUAAGCCGUAAAGGUUUACCUCUGCAGUGUAGAUAAUGAUAGCAUGCUUAAUAUUUCCUGUCACCACAUUUUUCAGUCAAUUCAGAAAUCAAUUCAAUUAACUCAAUUACAGUUGUUAAUUGGGUUUAACAAAGUAGUUAAUUUACCAGAUUAGAAGAUGCUAUAGUUUUUUUUAGUAAAAUGUAGUGGAAAAACAUGUCUUAAAUAAAAAUGUGUGGUUAUUUUCUUUAACUAUUUAGCACAUAACAAUUCAGCGGAGAGGUAAAGAUCCUCAACCACAGCGCUGCCAUGAAGAUGCUAAUUUAUUUACAUGCCCUUUCUGCUCAUGUGACGUAUACAAGCCAUGUCAGUAUCAUCAAAUAAUGACCCAUAUAUCUGGACAUAAACUAAGAUCUGUUGAACAUGGAGAUUAUGUUAUAUACAGCUGUGGCCUUGGCUGUGGUCAAAAGGCCAAGCAUUUUCACUGCUGUCAGUGUCCACAGACCUAUGUGAAUAAAGGUGCCUUUAAAGAGCAUCUUAGCAAAAAACACCCCAUAUCUGCUUUUACUGCAGAUCUACAACCAGUGUCUCAUCCACCACGAGAAACAAAUCCACAGCAACCAGUGUCUCAUACAGCACAAGAACCAAAUCCACAGCAACCAAUGGCUCCUUCAGCACAAGAACCAAAUCCACAGCAACCAGUGGCUCUUUCAACACAAGAAACAAAUCCACAGCAACCAGUGGCUCCUUCAACACAAGAAACAAAUCCACAGCAACCAGUGGCUCCUUCAACACAAGAAACAAAUCCACAGCAACCAGUGGCUCCUUCAACACAAGAAACAAAUCCACAGCAACCAGUGGCUCAUUCAACACAAGAAACAAAUCCACAGCAACCAGUGGCUCAUUCAGUACAAUCGGCGGCUCCACUAGUGAUUAAGAGAAAGAAAAUCACUGUAAGUUGCCCUCACUGUGGAGUAAAUAUAAAUUCAAAAAAUUUAAAAAUGCACAUUUUGCGUAAACAUGAAGCCAUACGUCCCAUAAAUUCAACUUCUCAUCUACCAGCACAGUGUGUUGAUAAAAAGAAUGGAAUAUAUGUAGUAGCAAAAACGUUUCGUGGGCCCUGUAUCCCCAUUCAUGUGGCCAAAAAAAUAUGGGGCUCAUCACAGAAAGUUAUGUGUGAAAUGGAUGUCUGCAACACUUGUGCAGAAAUGGCACAAAGGAGCAGGGCCGGAGUGGGACUCAUUUUCAGCCCUGGAGUUUCAUGCCUUACACCGGCCCACUUUAGUUCACGACUGACUAUUAAAAUAAUAUCUUUAAAGCCUCAGUAGUAUAAGUCUGCAGUAGUGCACUGUUCUCUGCAGCCUUGCAAUUCACUGUAUUUUUCAAAUAUAUAAUUUCAUAUUCCGUGCAAAUGCAGUAAACAAUUAUAAUUUUUGCCAUAAUUAUGCAGCCCUACCAUAAGACCAUAAUAUUACUAAAGUAAACUUAUUCAAAAACUAAAGGAAACAAAUGUGUUUGUAUUUUCCUCUAUAUUUCUAUUUCUAAAAAAUGGUGAGUCUUGAGAUUAACUGUUGGGUUGAUAACGUUUGGAAACCCCUGACAUACAAUACACAAGCAAG